CGGGUGUUGGUGUUGGAGUAAUGAACCGCACCCAGAAAGCCACACCUGAAAGCCCGGUGGUCCAGUCCAACAACCCCCCACCCAGUGAAUCUGACAUUUACCAUAACCACAACUCCAGAUCCCGCAGCCGGCCUCAGCCCACCACGUCCAACUCACGCGGGAAAGAGAAAGAGAACGCCAACAGACGACUGGAUCCUGAAGAAAACAGGCCUGGCAAGUCCAGGCUGAGUGGAGGCAGCAGCUUGAACAUCACUCGACCGUUCAUCUUGCACAACCGCCGCAGCUCCAGCCUGCUCUACCAUUUCGACAUCCUCAAGAAAGAGUCAGACUUCACCCAGGAUGCUGUGUGUCUGAGUGAAUGCCGAAAAGAGAAGGACGAGACAGAACACUAUUGCUACAGUGAAUUUGCCAUCAACGGCAUUGUCCACGACAUCGAUAUGAUCCGUCGAGGCAUCAGGCUGGUCACUCUGCUGGUGAACAGCGACGGCUUCUACAAGAUGAGCCGCCUCUACGUCACUCCAGACACAUACUUCUUCAAAGUGAACGUCCUGGUGCUGGACACCUUCAAAUGCACCAAGCCCUGUCCAGACUUCAAACUGGGCAGCCGAUACAUAGUAAUGGGGCAGAUUUAUCACCGGAGACGCCAUCUUCCCACCAGUCUCCUUGCUCUCGUUGGAGGCAAGCUCAAACCAGGCGAUGGUCUCCUGCGCAGCAGCAACUACGUCAAACGCUUCAACAAGAGAAGGCACCAGAAAGCUCAGGAGGCCACACGCUCGAGGUGCAGGUGAAAGAAAAAUAACAGGAAAACGAAGAAACUAGUAGCCUCGCUACUGACACCUGCUGCACGGGAGGACUAACUGCGGCCUUAUGUAAAAAUAAAAAAGAAACAACCUCAUAAUCAUGCAGUAUUAUCGGAGGAGAGAGGGACAAGCAAACAAUGGCUUCUCUGUCCACUCUGUCCGAGCGUCCUAGGGUCAAUCAAAUCCAAGUGGGGAUAUUUUGCUUGCUGUACAAUGCUUGCCUUUUUGCUUGUCCUCUUUCAUAGACGACUCCGGGGGGAAUCUGCUGAAUUCCACCCAGUCGCAGAAUAUCUGAUUCAUGUCUGGAACAUGAACCAAGAACCGGCUAAAUGUUUCCUUCACGACAUUCAGAGAAAAACUGCAAAAUUACAUUUUUUUAUGUUUAUAUAUAAUGGAUAACAGUGGAUAGAUGCAGCAAUACCCUUUUGAAAAAGAACUACGGUAAUACUACAGAACAUUCUUUAGGAUUCCUGUUGUAAACUGACAAAUGUAGCACAAAAAUGUUAUAAAUCAUUAUAAGAUGGUACUACAGGAAUAUUACACGCAAGUAAAAGUGUUGAAGUCUACAGAAAUCUAAUAGCUUCUUACUGUAUUACUGCAGGCUUUUUUUAUGAGGGUAACCACGACCACAUAUACACGCAACCUAGUACGCUUUCAGUGGGCACUUAAAUUUACACUUCCAGAUAAGGAAGAGCUGUUGGCAGAGAUUUUAGUGUUUCUUUACAAAAUAUACAGCACCUGAUGUUACCUACAGCUGACAUGUACACCCUGUUUCACUGUCCUCUAUCCAAUCACACUUUUCACUGCGGGAAUGUCAUGUGUCAUUACAACACAUUCCCCAUGCUUUGUUUGUUUUCCGUUCACACCAUUUGACCGGCCACACCGGGCCAGCAUUAGUGAAAAAUAGGAACGGUCGUUUACCCCGUCUGCAGGACUGCCACGGGACAAGCCAAGAACACAGAGGUCCUAUUUAGCCCCCGUUUUCUUAACAUUGCUUUCUCCCUUUAGUCAAGCUUCUUAUCAGAAUUCAGGAAAUGCACUGUUACGCUCAAAAGAAAAAGAG